AUGGCGAUGUCCACCUCCUCGCAAGGCAUCUGGCACCAAGAACUCAUCGACGGCAAGCAAGUCUGGCACUUCUACCCCUCCCACGCCAUGACCCUGCGCCCCAACGCCGCCGUCGCCGCCGCCGCCACCACCAUCGAGGCGCCGCCGCCCGUCACCUCCACCGACAAGAUCAUCGUCCACCCGCCCGGGCAGUUCCCCGCUGGCGCUGGCGCUGGCGGCGGGGCUGGCGGCCCGCAGCUCACGUAUAAUGUCUACAACACCUACAACUAUCCUGCUGCCCAGCAGGAGGCGAAGAAGGAGGUGGAGGCGAAGAAGGAGCAGAAGCAGGAGGGCAUCAUGAUCACGGAGGAGGAGGUCAGGAUGGAUGCGCUGCUCCAUGAGCAGGCGGAGGCGCUGCGCAUGAGGAGGCAUUUGCAGACUGUUGACUAUGGGGCGGGGGAUGUGUAUGGGAGGAGGAUUCUUUUCUGCGAUGGCUGGCAAAUAACACUGGAUCUGGAGGUGACGCUUUCGGAGGUGGGAUAA